UUUAAUUAAUUUAAAUUUUUUUCGCGAACUUUUUUGUUUGAAUAAAUUUCGUAGAAUUUUGUUGAAAAUUUUUCCGAAAGGAAAAAAUAUUCUGGACAUACCGGCGCCAUAUAACCUUCGAUCAUCAUUAUUUUUUCUUCUAUUUUGCCUUUUGAAUGGACGUUUUAUAUAAACGUGGCUAUACAAAUCUGAUUAAAAUUGAUUCCGGUGGUCAGGCACGUGUUUAUAAAGCUGAACAUGUACCGGAUGGACAAAUUGUUGCCAUAAAAAUAGUUCAUGUUGAAAAUCCAAACAAUACUAAAUUAGAUGAUGAUUUAAAGCGUGAAUUACAAAUAAUCAGUAAUUUACAACAUCCAAAUUGUAUAAAGAUACAUAAAUUAUUACGAUCACAAGGUAAAGUUUAUAUUGUUAUGGAUUUUAUGCCUAAUGGUAACAUUGGCAGUCGUGUUCGAAAUGAUGGUGAAUUAUGCGAAUGGCAUGCAAGGCUUUGGUUUUGUCCAAUUGCACGUGCUGUUAAAUAUCUUCAUGAACAUAAAAUUGCCCAUCGUGAUUUAAAAUUAGACAAUAUCCUAUUGGAUAUACAUUGGAAUCCAAUAUUAACAGAUUUUGGUUUCAGUCGCUUUGUUCCAAUAUUGGAAGAUGGCAGUGUUCAAAAAAGUCAUACAUAUUGUGGUACACCAUCAUAUAAUCCACCGGAAAUAUUGAAACAAAUUCCAUAUGAUCCAUUUAUGGCUGAUAUUUGGUGUCUUGGUGUUAUGUUAUUCAUUAUGAUCAAUAAAACUUAUCCAUUCGAUAAAAGUGAUCGUGAAAAAAUGUAUGAAGCUCAGCUAGAAAAACGUUAUAAAUUACGUGAUGUGAUUGAAAUGAAAUCAUCGCCAGAUGUAAAAGAUUUAAUUGAUCGUCUGUUAGAACCACAGCCAGAAUUACGUCCAAAUAUUUUCGAUGUUUGUAGUCAUCCUUGGUUUCCUCUAAUAUUAAGAGAAAAUGAAUUCAUUGUUAAACGACGAUCACCAGCAACUGCAACAGCAAAAACACCAACACCAAACAAUGAUGCAAAACAACCAGCAUCACCUUUGACUGAUUAUCAACAACAACUACUAAAACAACAACAACAAAUAUUCAAUAAUUUAACAAAAUCACCCGGAAUUGAUAAUGCUGCAGCACGACAUUACAGUGUAAAAUAUUUGAAUAAAGCUUUUAAAAUUAAACAACCACCAAUAUUAACAACGAUGCAAAAACAAAAAAAAUGAAUCAAUUUUCUUUUGUUUUUUCAUAAAAUAAACAUUCUUUUUUAAAUGACAACUAUAUUUCUUCUCAUCA